AUGGAAAACUUCAAAACUCAGCGUCUCGGGGGUCAGGGUUCGCAACAGACCUCGGGAGAAACUGGCACUGCGACUACUGGCAGAAGGCGCACGGUGCGUCGCAAACGGGGCACUAGCGGUGCCACAGUGCGUCGGCCGGUGCGAGCGAAAGGAGCGCACGACGUGCAACACCCAGCCGCUGCGUCGAGCUCGGAGAGCACUGCUCACAGGGAUUCUUGGCAUGGUCCGGAAGAUGAGCAUCCAAAGGGAGUGCUGGGCGCGACGCAGUCGACCAAAAAAACCGUCGUGACUUACGAAACCAAGUUGGCGGCAAGCUUCGAAGAGCACCAGUCCCCGGCGCGUGUGCCUGUCGGACCGGCACAAACGCCCACGAACGAGGCGGGAAGCGCGAGCGGAACCAUGCCAUUGUCACCACAGCAAACUACGGUGACACUGGGCACACCCAAGGGAGAUCCCAUGGCUCGGGCGCUGGCGCGCUGCAAGUCACCGGAGCGUCGUGGCCCCAGAACACCGCGGACUAUCGAGCCAGCUCUGUCUGGCGAGCGCAUAGGCGAGAAUGCCCGGGCGGAGCAGGUGCCCAAGGCUCCGCACCGCGACGCCUUUUACGAAAAGGGAGCUGCAUCUGUUGCGCAUGAGCAUUCAGAGACAUCCGUUCCGGCAGAGGCGCCGAGCACAACUGAUCUAAGUACCCAAUCCACUAUCAGCGUCGUCUCUCAAGCGGAAGGACCCAAAAAGCGCGUCCGAAAAAAGCAGAGACAUGGACAAGAGCCGAAGAAUGGUAGGAUGUCUGCGAGCCGCCAAAAGCAUGCGCAUGCCAGUACGGAUGGUGGUGCGCCUGAAGCUGCCACAAGUUCGCUUCUGUCGCGAACAGCGCUUACGGUGAGUCCUUCCCGCGGGAAAACUGAGCAUGCUGCAGAAAGCAUCAAGAAAGAGACAGCAAUUAGGGGUGCAACAGCGAGCAAGGUCCAGGAGGAUAAUCGGCGAUCGGCCUUUGCGAGCAGCGACAAAGUGGGGCAAGAAGAAAAGGAUUCAGCGGAAAGGCGUCCAACUCGCCUCGGGCACGUGUCGAAGAAGAGCGUAGCCACGGGCGCGAAUGCGCCUAUUGCAGACACCAAAUCGGUAUCGCCACCACUGCACCAACUGAGUGCUACAGACAAGGAGCGCUUCCAUGCCCCGGAAACCGGGUUUGCGUCUACGACUAGCAGGCGCGAGUCGCAGACUGCAUCAGAGUUGCAAAAGCACCAAAUGUCUAUGAAAGAUGCGCAUGCAAGCAGCGAGCGCAACGAACCGUCACGGAAGAAGCGGGCCGCUGCGCUGUUACAACCCGCUGCGCUCGAGACAGACGCGCAAUCGGGUACAAAGCACAGUAGCCCCUAUCGAACAGCGGCAUCAGCGCCGACGAUAGAAACUAGACAGAAAACGAAGCGCCCUGUAGACUCGAAACCAGCGCUGGAACCUGCAAUGCCGCUGAAGAGACCAGCCUCUGAACCAGCUGGUGUCGACACGGACCCCAGACACCAUCGCUCAGCAGAGGCGACUGUAGCGCAGCUGCCAGCCGAGCGUCGUGGUACGAGGCGCGUCCCAGCGAAGCGAGAUGCCACCACCGAAGCCCAGCCUGCACCCCCGUCUCUGGAUCACGAUGCAGCUGAGCGCCUUGGUGACAUACGUUUCAACGAUCAGUGGAAUUUAUUUUUCGAUCAUGACAAGGGGCGAUUUUAUCCGGUCCAUUUCGCCAUUCAUCCGAACGCGGCUGACGCUGCAGCCAUGCACGCUGAAAUUGAAAACAACGCCACUUUACAGCAAGAGCUCCGUGAGCUCGUUUUCACUAUCUGUCGCCUGCCGGUUUUGCCGCCACGAUGUAUUUUGACCCCCUCCAUGCUUGUUGAAAUUGUCUUGGAGGACAGAGCCGAUCUGCGCGGCUUGCUUGCUGGCAAAUAUGCGCUCUGGCGCGGCGAUGUACCCGUAUUGCCGGACAAGUUCUGGUACACAUUUCUUAUUCAAAAACUGCUCUGA